CUCUAUAUCACAAUAAUUCCACUUGCGCUCUCCACUAAUUGAGCCAUCAACGAUCUUUCAUAUAAUUCUUUUUUUAUUGACUCAAGCCAUUUACGGCUCGUUAACAUUUCUUUUUCAAUCAACCGUUAAUCAAGUUGUCAGCAAUUAUUUAUAAACGGCAGUCACUCUGAUACUCCAAUAACCUAGUUGCUCGAAAAUAAUUAAUUCACUGCAUCAACAGUAACUUGGAGUUGGUUCUGCGCUUCAGCUAUCUGAAUUCUCAGUCAGUCUGAUUUCGUACUUCUUAACAGGAAUAUCAGCCGUCGGUAUGUGGCUGCAACGCAUUAUUGUAAUACUCACCGCAUUGCUAGUGAGACGGCUGCAGGCUUUGAUUUAUCCAGAAAAUUCGACCUCUUUAGGUCUUGUCCACUCCGUUUCAUAUCCUGUCGUUGAGUAUCUGCCCGAGCGUAGCAUACUCAUAGAUUGGUGCUUUCAAAUGUCCUACACUCUACCCGGUAGUGUUUCGGCUUUUUAUAACAUACCAAUUUGGCCAGGCUUUCAAAAUCCAAAAUCACGCAGUGUACGUGAAAGCGAAAGCCCUGAAGUACAACAGCAUAUGCAGUGGUUGGAGAAAUAUAAUCGCGCAACCGGUGAAAACCAGCAUCCAAUGGAUUUGACGGCUGGUGAGCUUUACCGUGGCAUUGAAGAUUAUUUUUCCAGCUUUGGUCUACACGAGACCUGUCUUCUACGCAGCGUUUGUGAGUUGGCUCAACAUCCCUUCGAUGACAAAUACCACACUAUAAUCACCGAGUUAUUGACAUUUAUAUUGACACCAUCUCUGCAUCAAGGCUUCGCUAAACACGAGAAAACGUACCAAGAAGCCUACGAAGCAGCUGAACUACAUGGUUUUCUGGGGGAAAAUUGUACUGCUUUAUAUGCUGAUUGUAAAAGAGAUAUAUUAAGUGUAUUAACUAAAAUGUUUUCCGGACCAGCCGACAACUACACUAUUUCAAUAAGUGAUCACCUCGACCUUAAACGUGUCAUGACUUAA